CACUGCCGCCUUUUCAGACAACACGUCGUCGUUAUCAACUCGGAGAAAAUAGCAAGAGACCUUCUCGAAAAACGAUCAUACAACUAUUCAGAUAGGCCUGCAAUCGUUACGAACGAGCUCGCUGAUGAGCUACGGAAAUACAUGGAGACAACACAGACGAUUCUAUCAUCAAAGUUUACGGUCGUCUGCGGCUCUUUCCUACCGCCCUUUACAGAUGCGCAAAAUCCAUGAGCUCUUGGUUGACAUGCUUGAAGCGCCUGAGGAUUUUGUGCGCAACAUAGAGACAUUGGCCGCCUCUAUUAUAAUGUCAAUCACAUACGGGUAUGAGACAGAACAUCACGGUGAUCCUUUGGUUUCCCUUGUCGAGACAGUCAAUGACAAA